UAGUAUCAGCCGCCCUUUGUGUACACUAGAGGAAACCCUGUGUGGUGUGCGCCGCCAUCUUGGACAGGCGGCAGUCUCCCUCCUCCAGCCCAGAGGAAGCUGCAGAUCCGCUCGGAGUCAAAUCAACACCACAGCCCCUGAGCCACAAUGGCCACCGCACCGUACAACUACUCGUACAUUUUUAAGUACAUCAUCAUCGGGGACAUGGGGGUAGGGAAGUCGUGUUUGCUUCACCAGUUUACAGAAAAGAAAUUCAUGGCGGACUGCCCCCACACAAUCGGCGUGGAGUUUGGAACGAGGAUUAUAGAGGUUAGCGGCCAGAAGAUUAAGCUGCAGAUCUGGGACACGGCAGGGCAGGAGCGCUUCAGAGCCGUGACACGCAGCUACUACCGGGGCGCCGCCGGAGCGCUCAUGGUGUACGACAUCACCAGGAGAAGCACGUAUAACCACCUUAGUAGCUGGCUUACCGAUGCCAGGAACCUUACCAACCCCAAUACUGUGAUCAUUCUCAUAGGUAACAAAGCAGAUCUGGAAGCUCAGCGAGAUGUGACGUAUGAAGAAGCCAAGCAGUUUGCAGAGGAGAACGGUUUGCUGUUCCUGGAAGCCAGCGCAAAAACAGGCGAGAAUGUAGAGGACGCCUUCCUGGAGGCGGCGAAAAAGAUCUACCAGAACAUUCAGGACGGCAGCCUGGACCUGAACGCGGCCGAAUCGGGGGUCCAGCACAAGCCGAGUGCCCCUCAGGGUGGCCGGCUAACCAGUGAAGCACAGCCUCAGAGGGAAGGAUGCAGCUGCUAAUGACCAACACUACCCACCCGAACCUUCUCAUCCCACCCCCUCUCACCCCUCUCCCUCUCGCAUAACUCCACCCGGCCUUGUCCUUUUCCCGACAUGCAGCGGGGAGGGUGGGGGGUAUGUGAGAGCAGGGGCAGACAAACGGAGGCAACUACACGCAGGCUCGACUGUUUGUCAAUGUUUCUUCCCCUCUCUAUCAGUCUCUCUCUCUCACGUGGUUACCCGUCUGUCAUUUUAUUAUUAUUAUUUUUUUAAAUCUUCCCCUCGUCACGCUCUGCCUGAGUGUCUGAUACACGGUCAGAGGUAUGGAGACGCUUCCGAGGCGUGAUGGCGGCAUGAUGGUGUUUAACACAACAGAUCGCCGAACAAUCAACGAUCGAUUCCGCGCAGUAUUGGCCGUAAUACCGAUACUCAGGAUCAGAUGGUACGUCCAAACUAGAAGCAAAAUCCUGACAGAUUCCAGUGCGUGUUCAUUAUUUUUUUUUGAGGGGGGAAGGAGGAUGUUGGAGAGUCUUUUCUCUCUUUCGCUUUCAAAACCAGACACUUUAAAAACAGGCACUUGUUACUUAAUCUUCUAAAAGAUUAAGUGUCCGCCCCCCCCAUCCAGUCUCUCUCGAUCUGUGUGUGUGUGUGUGCUGGGCCUCAGUUUCCCUCCCCGACCCAUGUAUGUUAGAACUAGAACCAGCAUUUGAUUUGUUGCCUUACUGUCUUAUGAUCGACGUUAACAUUAUAACCAUCACUGUUUGAUCUUUUUUGUUUCUUCUGUCAGAAUUAAUUAUGCAGUUUUACACGGUUGCUCGUUUUGUUUUAUUGUGUUGAUCUUUGUGCGACAGGGAGAAAGAAAAAAGAAAAAGCUUCGUUUGUGAACACCGUUCGGUAGAUGCGCUCGUCCUGGCUGUAAAUUUGGCCCGCCGUGCUGUCUUAUAGGCUUGUGUAGAAACGCAGCAGAUGACAAAAAGGUGUAAAUCCAUUAGAGGGGGAGAAAGUGCCGCUUUCAUUCACUGUACCAUAUAAAACACAAUACAGCAGCUGUAUAUAUCUCUUUGCAUUGUACAGCGGAGUCACUGGUAACCCUGGCCUAGGAAAUUCGCUAACAUUUUCUAUGACUUAGUGUGUGUGGGGGCGCGCACACACUCGCUUUGCUCACAGGGUGUUCUGGUUGAAUUCCACUACUCACUUACUUACCUCCUUUUGGCUUACAAUGUGGCAAAAUCCUUCUAUCCGUCUUCAAAUUUAGCUCUUCACUGGAGGUUUAGAGAGAGAGAGAGGAACACGGCUUAAUGCGGAGAAGCAAGUGGUUUCGUUAUAAAUGAAGCAAACGUGCCGAGGGAACGAGUUCUUCGUACUCUGUCCGUGUCCUCAGCGUAUGCAUUAACCACUCGCGGCUGCGUCCUGAUGUAUAAACUUUAUACAUACAAGUACAUUCUGAAGGAGCUGCGCUAACAUUUAAAAUGCAUCCUUUUGUGUAUAUGAUUAAAAUGUUGAUAUUUUGAUUUUAAGGAUAAUAAAAUAUUCUAAACUGAAA